CAUCUCUCUUUUCUUCCUACGCCACAUCCCGGCCGCCGCAGCCCGUGGACUCUUCCAGAUGCCCCCCGCACGUCUCAGCAACCGCUAAUUCCUAGUCCGCGCCGGGGAGUCCGUUUACGAGGGCAUGGGCGUCCUCAACACCAACCCCGUCACCAAAACCUCUGUCGACAAUGGACUCUCGCCGGAGGGCAAGCAGCAGGUGGCGCGUGCGGUUGUUGAGCUUCAGAGAUUGGAGGCUUGUAGUAGGAGCUGCUGGAUCUGGCCGUCUAUUACACAAAGAGCGUAUCAGGCCGCGGAAAUCAUUGCCUCUGUCAAUGGAAUUGAUCGCAGUCGAAUAGUUCCUGAAUAUAGUUUUUUGGAUGCCCGUGGGCUGGGUGCUCUUGAGGGAAGGAGCUUGGAUGCUAUUUUCGAGGUGUAUGCAUUUGACAAAAUUUCACCAAAUAAUAAACCACCUCCCAUUACAGAUGGAACGCCAAAUGAAAGUGUUUCGGAUGUCUUUGUUCGUGUGACACAACUGAUGUCAAUUUUAGAGACUCAAUAUUCUGAACAAACCAUUGUUAUCAUAUCCCCAGAUUCAGAUAAUUUGUCGAUAUUGCUAGCUGGAUUAACAGGAGUUGACCUUCGCAGGAUCUAUCCUAUAAAUUGGCGAAACUCCACGAAGAGAGUGAAGAACAAGAAAAAUUGGAGGAAAUAUGAAUCGUCUAGUGCUGAGAUUAUCACUGUCAAUUUUAUGGAAAAUGCUACUUCUGCAAACAUAUUAUUUACAAAAUUUGCAUUUGAUUGUGGGCUGCUCAUUGUUUGUCUUAUUACAAACAAUGAAAUCGCCCUAAUAAAGUAAAAAUGUAAUCAAUUUAGAAAGAAAAGCAUAUAAUUCA